AGGAUCUUGCACAAUAUCGAAUCGCAUUAUUCAUAUGCAUGCAUGUUCUAUGGCGAGAGGCACCCUGAAGUCUCGCAAUCAUAGACCCUCAAAUCAAGCAGCAAAUCACGGUCUAGGAUCUCACCUGAAGAAACAGUCAUGAGUCUACCAAACAUUGACGGCAAUGACCAUCUUGUACACUAGGCCCAGAAUGCGACAAAAUGGUUGUGUGUCGCGGCUGAUUCUCGAAAUUUCCUCGUCGUCUUUUGUAGUCUGAAACUUGCGACGACGACAUCGAGCUGACCUAAAAGAACAUCGAUAUCAUGUCAACCGCCAUCAAAUCUGCCAAGGCGAUUCAGCCGCUCCUUAAUCGCAUCCUGAUUCAGCGUUCCAAGGCCGAAACAAAAACAGCAUCAGGUCUCUUCCUGCCUUCAUCACAAGCAGAAAAGAAACUCAACGAAGGAACCGUUCUUGCUGUUGGCCCUGGCGGUCUCGACGACAGUGGCAAAGUACACAAGAUUGGAUUGACUGUCGGCCAGCGUGUCUUGCUCCCUGCUUUCGGUGGAACACCCAUCAAUGUCGGAGAAGAAGAGUUCACCCUCUUCAAAGAGUCUGAGAUUCUCGCCGUCAUCAACGAGUAAGCCUCGUUUCUAGCAUAUGCAUAAACAUCCCUUCUCAACUUCUGUGAAUGCUUUGAUGUCUGUGGAAACUACACAAUGCUCUCGAGCUCAC